AUGGCACCAAAUAUUUUAAGCACAGAGUCAAAAAUGCUUACGGAGGAAAAUACAGAAAAUGAAAAAUCUUCGAUUACUACAAAGAUGAUAGAUGAUAAAAAUAACGAACAAAACAGAAGCAAGAGCUAUAUAAAAACAAAAGGCUCGUUAAAGAUGGAGCUGAAGUGGUUUAACAUUGUAACUCUUAGUUUAUUCCACUUAGGUUUUGUAUAUGCCUGCUUUACUUUUAAAUUUUUCGAAAAUCUGAAGACGACCUUAUGGUUAAUCGUCAUGAUUCUAACAUCAGGAUUAGGCGUUACUGCCGGUGUUCAUCGUUUAUGGACCCAUCGAGCUUAUAAAGCAAAAUGGCAGCUUAGAACUAUACUUGCCAUCUUUUAUACUUCGGCUGGCAUGAAUGACAUUCAUGAAUGGGUGCGAGAUCAUCGGGUGCACCACAAAUAUACGGAUACGGAUGCGGAUCCGCAUAACAGUAACCGAGGGUUCUUUUUCUCUCACGUCGGUUGGUUGAUGAUGAAGAAACAUCCGGAUGUGAUUCGAAAGGGUUCUGAGAUCGAUAUGAGCGAUAUAUUGGCUGAUCCUGUUGCUGCAUUUAAUGUCAAAUAUUUUUCGAUAUUAAAAUUUAUAUUCGCUUUCCUGCUUCCGGUGAUGUUGCCUGUAUAUGCAUGGAAUGAGACUUGGUCUAGAGCUAUUGUUUCGCAAAUUUUUAUUCGUUAUGUAUUCACUUUAAAUGGCACAUGGAGUGUCAACAGUGCGGCUCAUAUUUGGGGCUCAAAACCAUAUGAUGUGCAUAUAAAUCCAACAGAGAACUGUUGGGUUAACUGGACUACGGGCGGUGAAGGAUCGCACAAUUAUCAUCACGUUUUUCCGUGGGACUACAAGGCUUCCGAGUUUCCCAAUUCCACGACCACAAAUUUCAUUAACUUCUUUGCGAAAUUUGGGUGGGCAUACGAUUUGAAAGAACCGUCAGAAGAACUUAUAAAGACCGUUGCGAUGAAGAAAGGUGAUGGAAGUCAUUCUUUAUGGGAAGCUGUGCCAUAUCCACCUAAAAUUAAAUAA